GUGAGUUCUGAGAAUUACAGUGAUGCGUUAGAUGCGUUUGUUCAUUGGUAAUAUUUUUUUUUUGUCCAAGAUGACAUCUUAUGCACAAUUUAGGCGAAAAAAGUAGUCACAUUUAUCACUAAUUUUCAGUAAGUCUAUUUUGGUAUCAACUUCAUAGUUUGGUAUAAUAAGAGAAUUGUAGUGUUGGAAAACGCUUGUGCGAAAUUUGUUUAAUUGAUUGAGCUCUGAGGUUCUUGAUCUCAGGCUCAGUCAUACAUUUGCUUUUUCGUUGGUGUCUCCCACCUACGCCAUUGUUCGUUUUCUUUCUUCUCUUUUUAAAGCAACCAAUUCAUUGGUGAAUAAGUUUACCAUGUCGGUGGCAAUACUCCACUUUUAAUUUGCUUGAUUUUAUCAACUUUUUCAAAACAAAAACAAGAGUAAAACGAAAAAAAAAACAAAAACAAAUCUUUCAUAAUUUUUUUUUAAAAAAUGGGUAGCAACAUUGAGGAAAACCAUGAUGAUGUUCCUCAUGAGCAACUCAAGGGAAAGAAGGGCUCCAGCAUGAAGUUGAAGCGACAUGACUCCUUGGAUGUCGAAGCAAGCAAAAUGUCCGAUGCCAAAAAGAUUGGAUGGAUAAUUGCAGGAGCUGAGGCACUAUUUGCAGAUGUUGGUCAUUUUAGUGUUCGAUCUGUACAGAUAAGUAUGUGCUUUGUUGCAUACCCAGCGCUCAUAUUGGCAUAUCUUGGUCAGGGUGCCUACUUAACGAAACACCCUGAAAAUGUCUCUAAUACUUUCUACGCGUCCUUACCAAAGAGUAUAUAUUGGUUUAUGUUUACCCUAGCAGUAUUAGCAGCCAUCAUUGCAAGUCAAGCCUUGAUUACUGGGACAUUCGCUAUAAUCCAGCAAUCCCUGGCAUUAGGAUGCUUUCCUCGUGUUAAAAUCGUGCAUACAUCUAUCAAGCACCAUGGACAAAUCUACAUUCCUGAAAUCAAUACUCUUCUCAUGAUCGCUUGUGUUCUUACCACUAUUGGAUUCAAGAAUACUGACAAGCUUAGCAAUGCUUAUGGAAUAGCGGUGGUGUUUGUGAUGUUCCUAACAACAUGCUUCCUCGUACUUAUCAUGAUCAUGAUAUGGAAAACUCACAUACUUCUUAUAAUCAUCUAUUUUCUCAUCAUUGGUUCGUUUGAGCUUCUAUUACUAAGCUCCUGCCUUUACAAGUUUGAUCAAGGUGGUUACCUUCCGGUGGCUUUUGCUACGGUCCUAAUGUUUAUCAUGUGCGUAUGGAACUAUGUGUACCGGACGAAAUAUAACUACGAGCUAGAUAACAAGAUCUCCCCUGAAAGAGUUCGAGAAACAGUUUCUGUGACGAAUUCACAUCAACGCCUUCCAGGGCUUGCUAUUUUCUACUCUGAACUAGUACAAGGAAUCCCGCCAAUCUUCAAGCAUUAUGUGGAGAAUGUGCCUGCUUUACACUCUGUCCUGGUGUUCGCUUCUGUCAAAUCACUUCCCUUAAGCAAAGUACCACUAGAAGAAAGGUUCCUCUUCCGCAGAGUGAAGCCAUAUGACCUCUACGUGUUCCGUUGUGUGGUACGUUAUGGAUACAGUGAUGUACACAACGAGGAAGAGCCCUUUGAGAAAUUAUUGGUAGAGAGGCUAAAGCACUUUAUCAAGCAAGAUUACAUGUUCUCAAUAGCAGCAAACGGAGACGAUCAAGGAGAGGCUGCUUCCUUAAUUGAGAAAGACGUCCAAGUGCUUGAGAGAGCUUCUAACGUCGGGGUGGUUCAUUUGGUAGGAGAACAAGACGUCGUCGCUAGCAAGGGGUCUGGUGUAACUAAAAGAGUAGUGAUCAAUUAUGCGUACAAUUUCCUCAAGAACAACUUAAGGCACGGUAACAACUUACUCAAUAUCCCAACGAAGCGCAUGUUAAAAGUUGGAAUGACAUGUGAACUUUAGGAUGUUUUCUUCGUUUGAAGAAGUAAGGUUUAAAAUAAAUGUGCAUUGAGUUAAAGGGAACAAGGAGAGGCACCCUACAUAUUCAACUUUCCAUCAAUCAAAAGGUGCUUGCACAGGGAAAAAUUAAUUAAUGCUUUUGUUUAGUUUUUUUUUCCUACUUUUUUGUUUGGAUUUUUGUAUGGGAUAAGUAGUUAUCAGAUUUUGUAAGAGAAUAAGCUAAAUAAGCUAAGUCUUUUCAUCUGUUUUUUUUUUCUUGUUUCGGAGAAAAGAGAAGGUCAAGAUAUGUCCUAGAUAAGAAAACAACUUGUUUUUGGCCAGCAAAACAUUUUUGUUUUUAUCU